AUGGCAGAGGCGACGGGCACAUCAAAGUCAUGGUUCGAUACGAUAUAUCAGUUCAGACAGACAUCGUUCGAUGCUAUGAUCAUUGCAUCAGACCCACAGUCACAGCUGGCGCAAUACAUGGGAAGUCGCAACGAUCAAGUAAAUGUUGCCCGCUAUGAGCCAGUGCCACAGACACUCGAUCAAAGUGUACUCUUCUCAUCGACAUCCAUCCCAAACCGUCGUGAGAUGUUGAAUGACACUGCACUGCCGUGUGGACUGCUGUUGUCACCUUUCGAUCGCCCCGUCCUCACAACCAGCUCAUUCGACUACUAUCCGCCACGAUGUGCGCACUGCAGCGCCUACCUAAACAUCUACUGUCGACUCGAGGAGCACCCUGUACACCACUGGGUGUGUGCAGUGUGUCGCCACUCCAACUCUAUCGAUUCAGGCACCAAGGGUGUGCGUUCAAUCUGGGAGGUCAAGCACGGUCUGGGCUGGUGGGCAACCGAUGCCUACCGCACUGUUCUAGCGUCAGAUCUAUACGAUAUCAAGAGACGACGAGCAUCACCGCAGACAUCAUCAGCAGCAGGUACAGCAGUAACAGUGGACAGUCGUGGUGGCGGCAUCAGCGACCCAAUCUCAUCAUCAAACGUGCUGGCUGACGAGCAGACAACAACAACAACAACAACAACAUUGACGAGCAAUGCGUUGGAUCAAGGUACCAACGCUAUGUAUAUAUUCAUCGUGGAUGAGAACCUGCCGAGAUCAGAGUUGACGAUCAUCCAGCAAGCCCUGCGUCAGCUGCAUAGCAAUAUCAGCGGUACCGCGCAGAUCGCCCUCAUCUCUUGCGCAAAGGUCGUGUCGAUUUAUGAGAUGGCCACGUCAACAACGGGCGUGGUCACAGCCACAGCACACACAUCCGCCAAACUGAUCUAUGGCGGCCAGUCACUUUCAUCAUCAGACUCCUUUGCACUCAAGCUCAAAAAGAAGCUGUUCAUGGACACGGUAGCAAGUGGCGCAGAGAAGUUUAUGCAGAGCUUCCAGUCAAUCAUAUCUGCCAGCAGCCGCGGUGGCAGCGCGCCUGAAACAGCGCCAAUCGCACUGGGCGUCGCAAUCGAGUGCGCACUCUCAUUCAUCUCCACAUCAGUCGAUCGCUCUGGUACUGGCAGCAACAGUAAUGGUGGCCGACUAUUUGUAUUCUUGAGUGGCGUGCCUAGCUUUGGUCCAGGCGCGCUGUCCAUGUCGGCAAGAGUGGCUGCCGAGCGAAGCAAUGAGUUGGAUGCGCAAAACAGUGUAGCCAAGGACUACUACACACAGCUUGGCCAGCGGGCCUACCAGAAGUCUGUUGCCAUCGAUCUUCACCUUUGUGGUUUCCACGCCUUUGCCUCGCGCUACCUCACUCCCCUUUGCAUGCCCACUGGCAAUAUCUUUAUCACUCACGAGCUCAACGACAUUGAUCGAUCCGACAUGACAUAUCGUAAUAUGUUGAAUGCAAUCAACAAACACUGUGGAGUAUACUCUAGAUUGGACGUUCAUUGUCCAGAGGCGAUAAGUCUGACACAUAUUAUUGGACCAACGGUCAAGGCCAGUGGGAAGCAGUUGCCAGAGCAUGCACUGGAUGUGGACGACAAGAUUGGCAACACGGACAAGUACGCCAGUUUUGAGCUUACCAGUCAUCAACAGGACAUAACCUACGCUCUCUAUUAUGAGCUUCAAGAGGAUGUACCUCAGGACUAUAUCCAUAUCCAGUUUGUUGUGCGUAUCUUGGAUGACAAUUACAACCGUAUACUACGUGUGAUCACCAAGCGAAUCAAGACCACCGGUAACUUUGACAAGUAUCUAAACACACUGGAUCUCAAUGUGAUGGCUGUGCUUCAGACCAAAAAGAUCGUAUUGGCCGCUGGCAAAGCAGAGACUACACAGACCAAUGGAGAGUCAUUCGAUUAUCAAGAUGAACUGGACAAGCAACUAAAGACCAUCGCCAAGAAGUGUGCCAAAGUCCAACGUGGAUGGUUCUCAAAGACAGUCACAAUACCAGAGAAGAUCAAGCAAUAUAUAAGACUGUAA